AACCUGGGAUCGCAGAGAAGUUUCUCCGUGUUUCGUGGGUAGGGAUUCGGCGGUUUGGGAUUUGGGGGGACAGCAAUGGACGCCCAGAAGGACGUUCAACCUCCAAAGCAGCAGCCAAUGAUAUAUAUCUGUGGAGAAUGUCACACAGAAAAUGAAAUAAAAUCAAGGGAUCCAAUCCGAUGCAGAGAAUGUGGUUACAGAAUAAUGUACAAGAAAAGGACUAAAAGAUUGGUGGUUUUUGAUGCUCGAUGAAACAUGAAAUUCAGAGGAAUAUCUUCAUUUGUAUUUGCUGUUAAUGUUGUAUAGCUUUUGAUUAGUAUACUUUAUGAAUACAACUAUAUACACAUGACUUCAUUUUAAAAAUCAUAUUGUAUUUAGAUAUCUUAUAUAGCUUAUAUAAGAUAGCUUGUAUAAAGAUACUAUUUUUUGUUCAGUGACAUGGUUUGUAAUUUAAUUUUAUCGUGUAUGUAAUCUGACACAAUGAAGGUUAAAAGUGCUCCCUC